GCUGAAUUUCCGCUCUUCUCAACGCUCCCCGCAGAGCUCCGCAACCAGAUAUGGCAGGACGCCUUGCCGGACAAAAUCGGACAACUACUGUACUUCUACAAAAAGGGGUGCUGGUGCCCUCGACGCCUGGUAGAAGGUGACCAGGGUUACGACCCCGACAACGACGAGCUUAAUUUGGCUUAUGAGUUCCGCCAUGAGUUGUUAAACCAUGUCAGAAUCGAUGUUCCGGGCUACUUUGUCAACCGCGAAGCCCACAGUAUUGCAUCAACCUGGGUUCGCGGGCAAGGCCUUAAGCUGUGCUCCCACAAGGGUAAACUUAUCUUCGUCCGCCCAUUUGACCCAUUGCUGGACACGUUGUAUGUCCCGCUGGAGAAAUGGAGUGACUUCCUCAACGAGCCUCAUGAUCGGCAAUUUCAACCAGAUCUUCUUUACCGGGAUCUCGACUUUCCUGGGAUUUAUUUUACCCGCAUUGCAAUACCAACGACCAUUCUGGAAGACGACCCAGACCCACUGCCCGCUUUUUUCGAAUGUUAUGAGCGUUUCGAAAGACUAUUCAUUAUC